AUGACCAACGAUGAACGUAAUGCUCUUGCCCUGCCGUCGCACGACAUUGAAUCGCACGGCGCUCGUUGCUCUCACCGUGGUCAGGAGGAUGGUUCGUCCGAUUCGUCUGGUGGUAGCAACCAUUCCGACAACGAUGAUGAUGAUGAGUCUCCCCGUCGCUCUAACUAUCGGAAGCCGUACGCCCGUGGCGCUCGCCAGCCCGACCGUACGCCUGGUCGCAAGCUUGGUCGUGGUGUCGGCACCUCUGGCAGCUUCCUUGGCUCUUCUCACAACCCGCAGCUGAUUGAGAAGGAGUAA